UUGGCUUAGGUACCAUUGCACGCCUGCCAGUCAUAGCUAUCCAGGCGUUCUGAUCGCACGCAAGGGAUUAAUCCAAUCCUGGAACGAAAAGGAUUUUUUAUCUGUGAUGUGAAAGUUUACGAAACAAUCCCGUUGAUAACCUCAAAUCAUGCUAUCCGGCCAAUAUGACAUGAACUGUUGAUCAAAGAUAAAAAAAUCAUGUUGCAAUGAGAGUGACAAUCGUUUGUUUUGAAGGUGUUCGAUGUUCAGUUUUGAAAUUGUUUACGUGGAAACGAGAGAUGAUAUACUUCAAUGAUUUCCAAUAAACCGAUCAUCGAAACUACAAAAAUGAUCAACUAUGAACAAAUACAAAACCACGAACGCGUGACCUGACUAACGGAGCUUCAUACAGCAUCCAUACAUUGAAUAGACAGUAAAUAUGAGUGCAGAAGAUUCGUCCUCCUAUGAAAUGCAAGUAAGGAAAGAUGACGGACAAAAGGAAACAAAGUCAAAGCCCGGGCUUUCUGCUGGCAAGAUAUUCUACAAACCUGGUGUUAUUGAGGAGGCGACUGAUGAGACGAGUGUACUAGACAGCUCUGUCAUGGAGUCCCCUAUGUUGGGAGUUGGAUAUGGAGGCAGCGGGUUCCUAAGACCGCCAAUGCAGCACACAGCCAGUCUUCAUAGGAUACCUACAUAUAGCAGUUCUAUAGGUUACAGCACCGUGUACAGACAUGACUGCAGGAGUCGCUCGCACAGACACGGCGCUUCUAGAAGGACGAGACGACGGGCGGUUCUUAAAAAUGGCGAAUGUAAUAUUCUCAAGUCACGGAUCUCACAACGGCGUUUGCGGUUCCUUCAGGACAUGUUCACGACACUCGUGGAUGCGCAGUGGCGAUGGACUUUACUUGUAUUUACGCUCUCCUUCAUAUUGUCCUGGCUGGGAUUCGCUCUUAUUUGGUGGCUGAUUGCAUUCACACAUGGGGAUCUUGAGCUGGAUCAUCUGCCGCCUAUGCAGGACAGCAACGGCUGGAAGCCUUGUGUUUUUAAUAUCUACGAUUUUACCUCAUGUUUCUUGUUCAGUAUUGAAACGCAACAUACCAUCGGCUAUGGUGCCCGUACGACCACAGAAGAAUGUCCAGAAGCUAUAUUUAUAAUGUGUCUACAGAGUAUAGUGGGAGUAAUGAUUCAAGCUUUCAUGGUGGGAAUCGUGUUCGCCAAAAUGACGAGACCCAAGCACAGGACACAAACACUUUUGUUCUCGAAAUACGCUGUUGUUUGUCAGAGGGACGGUGAAUUAUGUUUAAUGUUCAGAGUCGGUGACCUGAGGAAGUCUCAUAUCAUCGGUGCCAGCGUUAGGGCUCAAUUAAUUCGCUCCAGGACGACAAAGGAAGGAGAACUUUUGUCGCAUUAUCAGACGGAAUUAGAACUGAAUGCAGACGGUUGUGACAGUAAUCUUUUCUUCAUCUGGCCCAUAACGAUGGUGCAUCGAAUAAAUGCGAACAGUCCCUUCUACGGGGUGUCUGCUGCGGAUGUACUUCAAGAAAAGUUUGAGAUCGUAGUUAUUUUGGAAGGAACAAUCGAAUCGACGGGUCAAACGACGCAAGCGCGUUCUAGUUAUACGACAAGUGAAAUAAUGUGGGGACACAGAUUUGUGCCGUUAGUGUCAUACAAUCGUGAACGUCAGGGGUACGAAGUAGAUUAUUCUAAGUUCGACGAGACCACGCAAGUCGACACGCCGCUGUGUUCCGCUAAGGAGCUAGACGAGUUCUACGGGACCCAAGCUGAUCGGAGAUCAAUCGAGAGCACGGAUCAUUUGGUGCUUAAGUUGCCCGAGCGUCCCGCCCGCCCUGAAAGCCCCGCCCCAGCGCCCAAAGCCGAACAGAAGAACGGCGACUUCACUGUCACACUAUAGAAAAAGUGGACUCCAGUACAUAUUGGCCCAAUGCUUUCGGCAUGUGUUGAUUAAUGUAAACGUAAAAGGCCCAUUUUGGACAAGGUUUGGCCAUCAAUGUGAUAAAUAGACUGUACUAUAAAAGUAUUUAUUUAGUAGAUAACUGAAAUAUUGCUGAACUGAAAAUGCCCUGAAAAAACCCCUUGGCAGAAAAACCCUUCGGCCAAUAUAAUUUGAUGUUUUUUGGAAAUCCAGGCAAAUUGACAAAAUACACCCACCACAUCUUCCACCGUGUUGCCCCGUACAUAUUCGCCGAGUGCGUUGUGCCAAUGUGUACGAGACAAGGUUUUGUAGAUGGAUAGUAAUCGAUUGCAUGGAUGAGAUCCUAUAAUUAAAUGGACUGUAACUAUAUCAUCAUUUCUCAAUCUUGAGUGACCCCUAUAAGACUUGUAUUUAUUUCGUGAUUGUGUUAAAUAAUAAAUAUACAUUCUUUUUGAAUUAUAAAUAUGAUACCAUUAUAUACCUUUGACCUCAAAUAUAUUGUGACUUGUGAAGCAUAUUUUUCAUUUUUUGAAAUAUGCUAUUUAAACAUAUCUAAUAAUAUUAGGUUAUUAACAUAUUACUACAUAUCCAUUUAAGGGGUCAUAAUAUUCGUACCUGAUUUGUGUAGGGGUCGCAAUACUGUUAAAAAAAGUUGUAAAACAAUGGCUGAAACUAAACAGCGUUGAAUGGCCACAAUACUUUUUGAAACCAGUUCAGAACAAAAAAUGGAGCUGUGAUGAAAUAUUUAGUUUUUAUUUUCAAUGCAUAAAUUUUGGUUACCAAAUCAUUAACAAUUAAAGUACUUUAUUUUCAUGAGAAAUAUAAUAAUGAAGAAUGUUAAGUAUAUAAACAUAUUUAAAAUAAGCCUUUUUAUAUACAAAUAACGUUAUAUUACAAUAAUUCUUACUUUUUAUAUAAAUUAAAGAGCCUAGAGCCGUAGAGCGGCUGGUCCAACUCUACUUUUUAAAUUUUCUAUGUACAAGUAAAACGUAAGAUCUGAAUUAUUGAUGUUACAACCUAAUAUUAUAAUAACUAGUCAGCUGAUUCAUAUAUUAUGAAGUACAAAUCUUACAGGAAGUUUUAAUUUCCUAAAACAAGUUUCGAAAGGAAAAUAAAGAUCGUAAGUGAAGGUUGUGCGAAAAUUUAAACAGCAUUCCAAUAUAUUUUUAUAUAAAAAAAUUAUUUAGCUAUUAAAAUAUUAUGUAUUUAAGAAUCUCGCUCGAAAGGAAAGUAUUUAUUAAAGUAAAAUGUUUACGGUCUUCCUGAAAGGUUGUGUAUAUUAAAUAUACGAAAUAUAUUAAAAAUACAUUCCAAAAUAAUAUGAUAGCGAUUAUUAUAUAGGUUUGAAUGUAAAAUGCAAUAACAUUUAUUUAGCUUUAAGAUUAUAAUAAGUGCCUAUUUGAAAAUAUAAUAUCAGUUACCAUUUACAUGAUAUAUUAUAGAAAAUUAUAUAAAUUAAAUUAUUUUUUGAUGUUGGCAUUUUGUUAUCAAUAUUUAAAUAAAUAUUUUAUUGUAACAAUGUUUGUGUCGUCAUAAUAUAACAAGAGAUAGCAAUCGCAGUUUGUAUGAAUAAAUCUCCUUCGAUGUAAAUAUUGAAUGAAUAAUUUAUGUUGUUAUGUU